UUGGGAUUUAUAUUGAUUAUUAAUUUUAGUUUUAAUUAUUGUAGAGCUUACAAUGUGUUAUUAGCAACAAUGGGUGGUACUAAAUCCCACACAGUGCCUUUUGUAGCUCUGGGAACGGCCUUAAGAAUUAGAGGUCACAAUGUAACAUUAGUCAGUGGAUUUCCUGGACCAGCAGCCAACAACGGAUUACGUGAAUUAAUACCAUCGAUAUUUGAGGCAUAUGUGGGUAAUUAUACAGCUGAAUGGGAUCUUGUUGGCUCGAGAUUUCGUAAUGAGUUACCACUUUCGCCAUGGGAUGCCAUGAGAUAUGGCUGGGAAUCAUGCGAAGCUUUACUACGUGACGAAAGUUCUGUCGCGGCACUGAGACGUCCUGAAAGUAACGAUAAUUAUGAGUCGAGCACUUGGGAUGUUGCUAUUCUUGAUGGAGCCUUUCCAGAAUGUCUUUUGGGGAUUCUACAUGGAGAAAAUAUUCCAACUAUUAUGCUUAAUACAGUUGCGCUUUACGGUGGAUCAAUAUCUCGGCAAGGAAAUCCAACACUCUGGUCAUUAACAUCAUACUUUGGUAAAGGAUACACUCAAGAAAUGAAUUUUUUUCAACGAAUUAUUAAUGUUGGAUGUUUAGCUACCUUAGAAGUUAUGCAUUGGAUUAUGACUACGGGAUUUCUUCAGCCUACGUUGAGAAAGUAUUUAGGCGACCAAGUACCGGAUGUAAGAGAAUUAAUAUCUGAAGUGUCUUUGACUUUUCAAAAUAGUCAUUAUUCAGUAGCCGAAUCAAUGCCGUAUUUACCAAAUGUAGUGAACGUUGCUUGUCUUCACUGUCGCCCAGCAAUGGAAUUAAGUCCCGACUUGGAAUCAUUUCUUCGCAAAGGAUUCAUCUUCGUUUCAAUGGGUUCAUCAGUACGUGCCGCUGGUAUGCCAGAUACACUGCGUGAAAUUUUUAUAGCUGCAUUUUCAACAUUGCCAUUUAAUGUUAUUUGGAAGUGGGAAGGCAGUAAAAUAAAUAAUUUGCCUAGUAAUAUCAGAACUGGUGCUUGGUGGCCGCAACAAGAAUUACUUGGACAUCCACAAUUACGUGCUUUUGUGUCACACGGUGGAUUAUUAUCACUUCAUGAGGCUGCGUAUCAUGCAGCACCGACUCUUGUGCUCCCAGUUUUUUGCGAUCACGAUGGAAAUGCUGCUCAAGCUGAAAAAUUGGGAUACGCUCUUGUAAUGAACCUCGCAAGUCUCUCCAUUAAUGAAUUGCAUGAAGCUAUACUUAAAGUAGCUGCUAAACGUAAUAAUCCUUACAAAGAAGCUGCUAGACGUAGGAGUAUUUUAUUAAAGGAUCAGCCUUUGGGAUCUAAUGAAGUAGCGACUUGGUGGGUUGAACACGUUGCUAAACACCGAGGAGCUGAUCACCUAAAAAGCCCUAGCAGAUUUAUGGGUGUUUUACGAUAUUACUCAGUGGAUGUACUAGCUUUUUAUGCAGCUGUCAUAUUUAUUGUGAUUCAAGUAUUUCACAAAUUACUGCGAAAAAGUUUUAUGAAGCACUCGUUAAUCAUUAAGGGAAAAAUUGAUUGAUUAGUCA